UUUUUCAACUUAGUCAGUGUCAACAUGUCUCAAUGUUUGGAUAUGUUGUCUGUUCUAACACUAGUGUUAUUAUGUGGUUUUGCGCAUGGUCUGUUCAGGGUAGACCCCCUAGUGAACACUAAGGGAGGCCUCAUACGAGGUUUGAGGUCUGAAAAUGGGUACGCCAUGUUUUUGGGGAUCCCUUAUGCUGUGGUGAAUAAGGAUAAUCCUUUUGGGCCUUCAGCACCUCAUCAAGGUUUUGACGAUGUCUUUGACGCGUACGAGUCAAAUAUCUGUCCUCAACUUAGAAAUGGUGUCCCAGCCGGUACCUUAGAUUGCCUCACCUUAAAUGUCUACGUGCCAAGUGCAGCUACCACCAAAACCCCUUUCCCAGUCAUGGUAUGGAUCCACGGAGGUGGUUUCAUCGGAGGAAGCUCAAGCCGAGAUAGCGGACCAGAUUUCUUACUCCGAAAUGACGUCAUCGUUGUAGCAAUCAACUACAGAGUUGGAGCUUAUGGCUUCUUGUGUUUAGAUAUGCCAGAAGUAUCUGGAAACCAGGGUCUCAAAGAUCAAGUAUUAGGUCUAAGAUGGAUCAAAGAGAAUAUCGAAGCUUUUGGAGGUGAUGCUAAUCAGAUUACGGUGUUUGGUGAAAGCGCUGGUGGGAUGUCUAUCAAUCUUCAUCUGCUGUCCAAUUAUGAAAGUUUGUUCCAUCGAGCGAUUAUUCAGAGUGGACCGGCUGUCAGUCCUUGGGUUUCAAGGGAUGUGAAUAAUACAAUACCAUUGAGUUUGGCUGAAGCAUUGGAGUAUAAUGCUGAAAGUGUAGCUGAUGCUAUAAAUUACCUUUCAACAAUUGAUCCUUACACACUUGUAAAGACAGCUGCUGAACUAAAAUUAACUGAAACCGAUGAAGCCGAUAAUCCUCUAACUUUACCUUGCAUUGAAACAUAUACUGAAGGUGUUGAACAUUUUAUGACACAGCACCCUAAGAACAUCAAAUCAGCUAAAGUUGCAAACACUCCUAUAAUCAUUGGUAACAACAAUAAUGAAAUGCCAUUUGAAUAUGCUCUUCAAAAAGACGAGUUUUUCGACAACUAUGACUUUACUUAUUUACUGAACCAAGAAUUUGAGUUCGGUGAGGAUUUAGAAGAUGCUCUUAAGGAUAUUAGACAUUUUUAUAUUGGAGAUGAGAAGGCUAGCGUAUAUUUGAAAGACCUGAUCACAGAUUUUGCAUCAGACUUCGUUUUUAACCACCCAACGCAGCGAAUGGCAGAAAGGUUUUUGGAACUUGGUGCUAAAACUGUUUAUAGAUACAUUUUCUCAUAUAGUGGUGGAAGAAACUUACUGAAAUGGGCUUAUAACUUGGACGUACAAGGGGCUAUCCAUGCUGAUGAACUUGGCUAUUUGUUCGAUAUGGUAAUGUUAAAAGGAGAUAUUACACCUGAGGAUCAAUUGAUGAUUGACAGAUUAACUACUCUUUGGACGAACUUCGCUAAAUAUGGAAACCCAACACCAGAAACAUCAGACCUUCUCCCAGAGAAAUGGCUGCCCAUCACGAAGACCACUCAACCGUUCCUUGACAUGGACGCUCAUGUCACCAUGGGAGCCAGACCUUUCCGUGAAGCCAUGGCUUUUUGGGAUGUCUUCUAUAAGCUGCAUAGAAAGCAACAUAAGUAUUAUCAGGAUCCUGAAGAAUAACAUUGAAAUACUAGAUAACAAUAAUUGUAAUUAAUGAUUUGUAAUACAUCUUCAUUGGUAGGUAAAGCGGAGUCAAGAAGAAUUCCGUUUUUAAGAAUAUUUGUUAAUGUUAAUAAAGUAUUUCAGUGUUUUUAAAUUGAAUCUUUUAUAUGAAAUACUGUUUGCCAAUA